GAUGGAGGAAAUAUCCGCCCAGGAAGCAGCAGGAUCACCAGUUGUCCAGUUUCAAUCUCUGGAGAGCCUGUCUGAGGGUCUGUCCCCAGAGCCUCCGUUCACGCAGGACACCGACAUGGAACAGGAGCUCAACGGGGAAUCCGUUUCAAGAAAUAUCUAAAGGCCUCAACCAGAAGCAUUUGGAAAUCUUGGAAUCACCUUCCUGGCUGUGACUCUGUACCUUCCAGAAACCUGCUUCACAACAAGAGUGGAUCAUUCUCCUUCAUACUGAUACAAAGCUUGCUCUUCCACAGACUUCGGGAACAAAGUCUGAAUUUUCAGGGUUUUAAGGAUUAUUUGAUUGGGAUGUUGGCAUAUAAAUAAUUUGAGAUUUCAGUAGAACUAGGCAGAAUGUGUGUGUGUUUUAAUAAGUAAAACAUUAUAAAAAAUGGGAAACUAAAAUAAUCCUUAAGGACAAUUAACUUGUCCUUUUAAACUUGUCAUAUUUUAUCAGUCCAGUAUAAUAUGAGUUUGUGUUUUUAGUCUUUUAAUCUUGAAGAUGGGAGGGAAGGGAAGAAAUCUAAUAGUUGAGGUGCACCAAAUUUCGUCUCUCUUCUAUCUGUCCACCUACCUACAUGCGUAUGUAUGUAUGUUCAUAUUCAAAUUUAAUCCUUACAACUCUGCAAGGGAACUAGCUUCAUUUUACAGAGGAACUGAGGUGUAGAGAGGUUGAAGAAUCUGUUAGGGUCACUCAGCAAGUUAAUGGCUCAAGUCAGGCCUGACUCCCAGGAUUUCCAUCAUCAUCAUGUUGGUGUUAAGACACAUCCCAGAACCCAGAGAAGUUUUCUUUGAUAGCUUUUCAUACCCUGUUGUAUCCUCAGUGAUUGACUAUUAUCACUUUGCAAUUGAUCUGAAUGCUCCCAGAACUGUCUGGGAUACUAGGAGAAGAUAUCCCAGAAUCUUUUGGGAGCUAGUCAGAGACCCUGCUCCCUGAAACAGGCUUAAAUAAUUAUGACAAUGACAUGCCACAGGUCAGUGCUCCCAAAUUCUUACCUCCUGUCAAAGUAUCCCAGCUCCCAUUACUAGAUUUACAUUUCCAUUUCUCAGUGCCCAGAAUGCUUUUUCCCUGCUAACUGGAACUUGCUGAUUGAUGGACAUGUAUUAGAUUUCCUAUCACUUCUGAUUAAAUUAUAGCACUGGAGCAAGGUGGGUAAUGGAAAAAUCAAGUUUGAUUCCUAGGUUUUUGACUUAAGGAAAAGAGUGGAUAGACAUAGACUGGACAGAUGGGGACCACUGGAAGAGGUGCAGGGAGAGUAUUUCAGGCAAAAGAGCAUAUCAGGAGGCCUUCAGAUGAAAGAGUGACAUCUUCAAGGUAAUAAGCUCUCUGGAGGAAUGCCUAAUCCUAGGAAGUAUGUGGGUAAUUGAAGUUCAGAGGAGGCCCCUGGGGUGUUGUAACAGCACAAUGGCAUUCCCACAUCUGAAAACGUGACCUCAUCUAUCCAUUCAUUCAGUAGUACAGUUGCCAGAUGCUGUGAUGUUCAGUGCUAGGGCAUGGGCACAGUUAAACCAUCUGUUAAGUAAUGACUAAAACAGAGUAGUUGUCACAGCAAUGACUUUGGAAUUGGACAUAUCUGUGUUUGAACUGAAGCUGUUUACUACCUGUGUGACUUUGGAUGUUUUAUCCUCUCUAGUUUCCUUAUCUAUACGGUGGUUAAUAAUAGCAUGAAAAUUGAAGUAAUGUAAAAGGUACUGGUCAUAUAUUUAGUGCCAAAAAGUUACAAAUACAAACACCAAUAUAGAAAUCAGUGAGAAUGUUAAGUGUUUAGCAUAGAAUCUAAAAAGGGAAUUAAGGAGCAAGCAUUUAACAGUGCAGGACUAGCAUUGUUCAGGGAGGGAUACCUUGGGUUUGGAGAACUUGAAUAUGGCUUGAGGUCAUCAGGAAUCCUAGAACUGUGUGGGAACUGCCUCCGCAUAAACACUCCGUACUGGAGUCAGCAAACCUUGAUAUCAGUGUCUUCUUGCUAACAUUUGUAUCCUAUUGGCAUCACAUCUUAUACUUCCUUCAAAAUAUGGGCAUAUGAAUGAACCAGUGUUUAAUCCGAGGCUGGAAGGAUGAUUUCAAACACCACACUGUACAAGUCAAUGAGAAAAUAAAUACUGGAAUUUUUUAUUUUGCCGAUGCAUCCCAUUCACACACUUCACUUCUAGAAAAUGGUUAACCUCUUAUUGUAUUCCAUUCAUGUUUAUAAAUUUACAACUUGGGCAUAAUGACAGUGUCUGUCUUUUUCUUUCUCACAUCCCCAGGCGCGGUUUCAUUCCAGGCUCUGGUUUGAAUUGGCCAGGGUUCUAAAGGCUGCUUUUACUUGCUUACUGAGUCUGCAGUUUUCAGCACCUAAAAUUGUGAAAAAGUACGAACAUCAUGGGAUUGUUGUGAAAAUUAAUGAGAUAAUGCCGGUUUACUCCAUAACUGGUAACUGCUGUUCCUCAGUGUAGCAGGAAACUCCAUCACGAACAACUCGUUUCCCUAACAUUUUUCCCGCUUCAACAUACCAAAUAUACCUCUGGCAAGCUCGUCCAAGCAUAGUAGGGUAUUUGAAAUUUUGACAGUAUUUCUAAGGCUUUUCUUCCUCUUUUAGCCCAUUGGUACCAGUAUGUUACUCCUGCUUACUUACAUACUCCAGGCACAAUUGGGAGGCACUGGAGUAGUGCAGGGGAAACACCAGUCGGGUUGAAGCGACAUAGGGAGAGGACAGCCCGGACUGCGGGCAUAGAUAAGGGAUUCAGGCCCAGCGGGGUCAUCCCCGCCUUGUGAUUUGCAAGAAGGGUGGUGGGGAUGUGUGGUAAAGCGGCACGGGUCAAGGGAGGAGGCAAAGAGGGUGCAUAUGGGACAGUGGGGAUGAGAAGGAAGGAAACAACCAAUUUAGAUCCUAGGUCCCCAUGGUCGAGGAAGGGCAAAUAGAGAAAUCUAGCCCCAUCCUCCCUCAAUCCCUCCUUGGCGAAGGACAAACCCCAAAGGAGGGGCUGUCCCAACGCCGCUCUGGGCCCAGCUCCCCAGCGGCCCCUGGAGAACCCGCGAUCGAGAGGAGACCUCCGAGCUGCCUAGACGGGACCCGGAAGUGCGCGCCAGGGAGCCCGAGUUUUCCAGCGGUGCCCGGCGUCCGAGGUCGCCGCCGCUGCGGAAGCGCAGUGCGAUGACCGCCCGUCCGUUUUGCCGCUCUUUGAAGAAAUCGUAGAGGAGGUCCUGGAGCAGCACCGGGGGUUGGAUCCAGCCCAUGGAGAAGCUACCUGAGCAGAUAACCCUGGAGUCCCCGUACCCAUCCUCCAAGCAGGAGCCCCGAAAGAGCAAGGAUGAGAAAACUGACACCCAGGAAGGAGAAGUAACUUACCCAAGGUCACCCUGCUGGUAAUGGCAGAGCUGGAAUUCGAAUUCAUCCGCCCGGCUCCCGGCUCCCGAUCGCUUCCGCUCCCACCCCUUUCGGCUCACGGUUACCAAGAGCCUGCGAGUUCCUGUCUUUUUUCAUCCCUGAAUCGCUCCCACUGGCCUAAGCUGGGCAUGGGGCGUCCAGUGAUGCUGACUUUACAGGACAAGGACGUGAAGGGAUUCACGUGGGCCAUAGCCCCGGCCUUGACCUCCUUGGGCUACCUGCUCAUACUGCUGGUCUCCGUCUUCCCCUUCUGGGUACGGCUUGUGAAUGAGGAGUCCCAUGAAGUGUUUUUCAGUGGCCUGUUUGAGAACUGCUUCCAUAUCAGAUGCUGGAAGCCUCGACCCUUGUCAGUGUACAUCAUUCUCGGCCGAGUUUUCCUGCUGUCUGCAGUUGUCCUGUCUUUCCUCACCACCUUCAUCCUGGUGUCCUUUGCAUCUCAGCUGUUUCCGAGGACCCGGAAGCACAAUUUGGUGUCAGCCUUCAUCAGCUUCCUCACAGGGGUCAGUGCCUUCCUGGCCUUGUUGCUGCAUGCCCUGGAGAUCCAGAAUCUGAGGAUGAAGCCCAGCCCCCCCCAGUUCUCCGUGCAGUGGCCUUACUACGUCCUUGGCUUUGCCAUCGUUCUGUUCAUAGUGGCUGGUGCCGUCUGCCUCUUUCAAGAAACAGCCUGCCUUAGCUGCCAUUGGCUGCCCAAUUCCCGGAGUAUCGAGGAGACCCAAGGGGUCCCACACCUGGAGAAUCUGGAGAGUUUGGGAGGAGACCUGAGCUCAAUACAAAAGGAGACACUGCUGAAGGAAGAAACGAUAAUCUAGUCCGAGAGAGUGUCAGCUGUGUGAAUGUGGGGGGCGUGGAGGCUGAAGGGGCAGCCAGUCUCUGCCGCUUCUCACGAGCUUCCUGAGUCAGAUCAGUGCUCCCCUUCCCCGUACUCACACUGAUUCUGUCUUGCUUGUAUUUGCAAUUUAUUAAAAGUUUUUUUGAAUUAU